UUGACUUGCCGUAAAGUGUGUCGAGGUUUGAGAACCGCCGUUAAUAAAUUUGAAUUUAAUGUUGGCAAAAUCACGUUUAACUUAUUUCUAGACAAGGUUUCUAUGGAGUUGGAGGAAACCGAUUUGGAGAUGCUAUUGAACACCGAUUCAAAAGUAGUGUUUAACAAUCAUUCACGACUAGAUAAUAUUGAAUAUUUUAUCGAUUAUUUGAAAAGAUCAAAAUUUUCAAGCGUGAAAGGAAUUUCCCUUCGAAUGUUUACAUUCAAGGACAGUUGUUCGAUUCUCUCUAAUUUUGAUGCCCACAAUCUUUUAAGAAAAAGUACCUUCCGGAAGUGUGUAAUACAUUGCAAAGGGUAUAACCAGAAGGAAAUAGCGAAAGUAUUCAAACCGGAAUAUGAUGGUGGUAAUGAGUAUGCAUUUGAGUAUUCGGACAAUAACAAUUUAUUUGAAAUCAAAUGUAUGAGUCGGCAGCACUUUUUCAAUUUUUUCGUUGAAAAAAAACGUUAAUU